AUGGCGGAAGAAGAAUCCAGUACUGGAUCCCCUCACUCUCUCAAGAACAGCCUCAGAUCCUCCCUCUGUUUCUCCUGUUGCUUCCCUCACCAUCGCGUGAGGCCCAAAAUCGUUCGAAGCGCGUCCCUCCACAACAAGCCACGCUCCUCAGAUUUCCCCUUCCCGCAACUCAAGGAAAAGUGCUGCAACUUCAUCAAACGCAUCGGCGGCCGCCACCGCCGCCGCCACUCCGCCGAUUUCCACUACGAUGCACUUAGCUACGCGCUCAACUUCGAAGACGACGCCUCCGACGAGAGGUCCGUCGACGACCUCAAGAGUUUCUCCGCCAGAUUGCCGGCGUCUCCGCCGCCGAAUGCCUCGCCAACUCCCGCCGUAACCGCCACCGCUUGA